AUGUCAUUCGGGGACGAACUGCGCUUAGUGGACGCAGACAGUUCACAACAACACCGGAAGCGCAUGUAUUUGGCCGCAAAGGUCAGGUAAGCUUGGCUUUUGUUUUGGUUUUUGUAGCUGUAGAAAAGUGCGACGCCUAGAAGCUAACACGUAAAGAGAUACUAGUGUCUUGACAUUCUGCCAAACUUCUACGCCUCAUAUUAUGUUUAUGUUUUCAGUACCUCGACUCUACUUCUGGUAGUUUUACUUCUUGCCAUAAUCCUUCUAGUCGACUCCAAUUGUUGUUGUGCUGGCGGAGGUGGCCUCCUGUUGCCACAACAAUGCGCCUGCUGCAAUGGAGGCGGCGGUUUAAGUAUUCCAGGCUGCAACUGUGGCCCACUUGGGCUCCCCGGCGGUGGAUGCAGUAGUUGUUGCUGCAACUGUCCGCAAUCCAUGCCAGUGAAUUUGAACCCAAUUGCGUGCAUUUGUCCGCAAAAUCAAAAUCAGUGUCCUCCCGGACUACAGUUUCCAAAUCAACCGCAGCCGAAUCCGCAGCCAAAUCCGCAACCAAACCCAAUGCCCCAACCAAUGCCUCCACCGUCGUCAACAUCGCCUCCAGUCAUGAUAGUUUCGUCCUGCGAGCCGUGUUGCAGUCCGUGUGGAGGCUGCGCAGGAGGAGGCGGAUGCUGUGGUGGAGGUGGAGGAUGUGCUGCACCAUGCGGCGGCGGCGGAGGAGUUUGCGUGCCAGCCUGUGCUCCAGCCGGCGGAUGCUGUGCUCCAGCGGGAGGGAGAAUCUGCAUUCAAGGUGGAGGUGGAUGUUGUGUUCCAGCUUGUAAUCCAUGUGCUGGAAUAUGCAAUCCAGGCUGUCAAUGCGCCUGCUGUAACAACUGCUGUGGACCAACUCCAUUAGCGGGUGGAGCCAAAUUACAUUGCUGCCCACAGGCCUGCGAACGCAAAUUUUACCUAUGCAUCCCAAUGAAAGUACGACAAUGUCUGAUGCCGGAUACCAACUGUUACGACAAUGUGAUUAAAAAUGCAUGCAGUUGUAAUAAUCAGUGCCCUCCGGGGUUGCAAAUUAACAAUGGAGGAAACAAUGGGGGAGUAAUCAAUGGAGGAGGAACCAAUGGGACAAUAAUCAAUGGAGGAGGAAUGAUCAAUGGAAACAAAACUACUAACGGUAAGCACUUGGCUUAGCCACCAGCUAACACUUUUUCACCUCUAGGAACCCGUCGAAGAAUAGUCUACGAUUAUAUUGACAUCGACGAAGUAGAUGAAGAAGACCUCCCAAAACCAAAAAAGAAGAAGAAGAAGACUAAAACAAAGAAGUCAGAUGAUACAGAGAAUAUCACGAGGUUACGACGUCAAACCUUGGCAAGAUUCGACUUUUUGGACACGGGAGUCCUCAACAAAACUGUUGGUAGGUUAAGAAGAUUUGCUGGGCUUGUUGAGAUGCCGAGAACCACUUCUGUUACAUUUCCCAUUUUAUAAUCGCACAUUUCCACCAAUCUUAUAUAAAUUUCCAGCAAAUGAAUUUGGAGAACGAGUUCGUUUCAAGUAUGCGCAAGUUCGCAAUCAGUUUACUCAUGCCAUAUUUUCAAAUAAAGACAAGAAACCCCAUGGAUAUACUCAUACGGUACGAUAAAUAAAAUUUCAGUGUUAUUGCUUUAGACAACACUACCGCCAGCUAUGGCAAUGCCUAUAACAACGACGACACAUCAGGCUAUCACAACAAGGCAAUGGAAACCCAUUUUUGCAAAUGCCGCUACAUCUAUGAUAACAACAACCAUGAGUUCGACAACAACUACGGCUACGAUGAAAUCGACGACCACUAUUCCAAAGACAACUACAACCGCUGAGGAAUCGCUAGAAAAUACAACUAAUAUAACUCCGCCUCCGGUCGUUCGCAGUCCCGGGCAUAUUUCCUUUGGUAAUGCAACAGUGCUCGCUACAGAGAAACCGGUGUUAAUUCACGCGCCCGUGAAAGGCAUUGAGACUCCUGAUACAGCUGAGAAUAUCCAUCAAAGUCUCAAUCCAUUAUAUGAUAAGAGAAAAGACAUGUCCGAAGAGGAGGAAGAUGGGCAAAAAACAGGGAAAACCGUUAAACGAAGAAUUGGGAGAUGGAAAAGGAAGCAUGGAGAGGUGGUUGAGAAGUCGUUGGAGGCGGCGACCAGUUAG